AGAAGUCGGGAAUGUCCUGGAAUCAUUCUAGGUCAUUCCAGGACCUUCUUCGUUUCCGUUCCGAAGCUGCGACGGGGUGUGGUCUGGACCGUGAAGCGGUCGGCUUACUGUUCGGCCGGUUCACAUUUUCCAGUUCGGUCCGUCGUCGGGCGUUGAUAGGAAGGAUCUGUGAAACAGUGAGAGUUCUGAAAAUGGAGGAUCGCUUAGCGAGGAUCCUCUCAAUGAGACAUCCGUGGAUGUGGAAGCUGAAUUUCUUGAUCAUUAAUAUAUAAGGUGCUUCUACAUGGUAUGGUAGCGACCUGGUCAACAUUUUACUAUCCCACAUCGGUUGGAGAGGGAAACAAAACAUUUCUUACAAGGGCGGUCCUCUCCCGCUUCUCUUCCUAUUGGUCGAGUAGCUUCGUUCCUUUCCAAUCCCAUUUUUUGAUCGACAGGAGUAGUUCUAUGCUUGCUCGAGAGAUGAAUCCCGGAUGCCAUUUUUAGGAGUAGUUUGAUGCUUGCUCGAGAGAUGAAUCCUGGAUGCCAUUUUUAGGAGUAGUUCGAUGCUUGCUCGAGAGAUGAAUCCCGGAUGCCAAUUUUAGGAAUCACGACGCAUCACAAUCACACCAGCCAUGCCGUUUUCCAUUUCCUGCGGGAUUAUCGCUGCGGCAAACCGGAAGAUGACCUCCGACGGCGCCACUUCUGCCACCACUAGCCGGCGGAAGCCGUCCUGGAGGGAGCGGGAGAAUAAUCGGACCAGAGAACGACGAAGGAGAGCCAUCGCGGCUAAGAUCUACGCUGGCCUUAGGGCUCAAGGCAACUUCAAUUUGCCUAAACAUUGUGACAAUAACGAGGUUCUUAAAGCCCUCUGUGCUGAUGCUGGUUGGACCGUCGAAGACGACGGAACCACUUAUCGGAAGGGAUGCAGGCCGCCCCCAAUCGAUAUCGUCGGCAGUUCCACCAGAGCCACCCCCUACACAUCCCAAAAUCCAAGCCCAUUGUCUUCUUCAUUUCCUAGUCCAAUGGCAUCCUAUCAAGUCAGUCCCUCCUCCUCCUCCUUCCCGAGCCCGUCCCGUUUGGACGCCAACCAUCCAUCAAACCUCAUUCCAUAUCUUCGCCAAGCGAUUCCCAAAUCACUUCCUGGUCUUAGAAUCUCAAACAGUGCUCCCGUGACGCCUCCUCUUUCAUCCCCUGCAUCAAAUUGGGAGGUCACAGCUAAAGAAUCCUUGUCCUUGUUGAAUUACCCUUUCUUUGCAGUAUCCGCCCCAGCUAGCCCGACACGCCCUCAGCUGCUGCAUACUCCCGCCACGAUCCACGAAUGCGAUGAGUCUGAAUCAUCCACCAAUGACUCCAAUCAAUGGGCACUUCUCCGUGCCUGUGCGCCAACUUCUCCCACCUUCAACCUUAUGAAACCUGCUGAUCAGCAUGCUCUGCACGGUGGUUUCAUCAAAGAAAAUGGAAGAGGAAACGAAUUUGAGUUCUUGGGCUGUAAGGUUAAGCCCUGGGAAGGGGAGAAGAUCCAUGAAGUUGGAUUGGAGGAUUUAGAGCUCACACUCGGUAGCGGUAAGGCUCAAAACGAUAACAAUAGUAAGAAACCUUGUUUUGAUUGAUUCAUAAUCUAUCUGGGAAUUUUGAUAUAUGCCAUAUUAAAAACACUGAAAUGAAGAACACAUAUUGCUCUGUUUUUCCUCAUUCAAACUCUGUUUCAAUUCAAUUCAACCAUUUGCUUGAAUUUUGCAUUGGAUGGAACUGAAAAUGGAUCGGGAUUGGGAUUGGGAUUGUAGUGGGGUGGGGGCCAUGAGAGCUGGUUGGAUGUGCUUAUGGCAGAGCCCGACAAGCUCCAUGUUCGACCACACACUUUUAAUGAAUACAUUUGACAACGUAAUAAAAGACAAGAAAGUUCUGUCCUCG